CGCUGGCUGGGCUCAGCCGCGGCACCAGCUGCCGCACCGAGAUUACGGGGCUGCCCGCCUGGAAACCGUGCCGGAUUUGUGGCGAUUUUCAUAGCCAAGAGCCACCGCCCCUGACCAUGUAGAUGCCAGCUCCAGGGAGCAGCAUGGGCCCCGCUGAAUGGAGACUCCUGGGUCUACAGCCCUGAGCCCCUCCGGCCCCUGGACCUUGCCCCACGCCCGGGGACGCCCCUCAGAGCCCACCGCCGCUGUCGCCAGCCCACCUCGGCUGCCCCCUGGAGUCAGCUGCCAGGAGCCACAGCCGUCCAGUGAGGUUGUGCUGCGGACAGCCACGCGGAGCCAUCGCCUGGCCGCCUCCUGUCCAGCACUGACCCUCGGGCCCACCCCGAGCGGGGACUGCGGCAGACAUGGGUGACAUGACCAACAGUGACUUUUACUCCAAAAACCAAAGAAAUGAGUCGAGCCAUGGGGGCGAGUUUGGGUGCACGAUGGAGGAGCUGCGCUCCCUCAUGGAGCUGCGGGGCACCGAGGCCGUGGUCAAGAUCAAGGAGACCUACGGGGACACUGACACCAUCUGCCGGCGCCUCAAAACCUCACCUGUCGAAGGUUUACCAGGCACCGCUCCAGACCUGGAAAAGAGAAAGCAGAUUUUUGGGCAAAACUUUAUACCUCCAAAGAAGCCAAAAACCUUCCUGCAGCUCGUUUGGGAGGCACUGCAAGACGUGACGCUGAUCAUCCUGGAAAUCGCGGCCAUCAUCUCCCUGGGGCUAUCCUUCUACCACCCGCCUGGUGAAAACAACGAAGGAUGUGCAACGGCCCAGGCGGGGGCAGAAGAUGAAGGGGAGGCGGAGGCGGGCUGGAUCGAGGGGGCCGCCAUCCUCCUCUCGGUCAUCUGCGUGGUCCUGGUCACGGCCUUCAAUGACUGGAGCAAAGAGAAACAGUUCCGGGGCCUGCAGAGCCGCAUUGAACAGGAGCAGAAGUUCACCGUGGUCCGGGCUGGCCAGGUGGUCCAGAUCCCUGUGGCUGAGAUCGUGGUUGGGGAUAUCGCCCAGGUCAAAUAUGGCGACCUCCUCCCUGCAGAUGGCCUCUUCAUCCAGGGCAAUGACCUCAAGAUCGAUGAAAGCUCCCUGACGGGGGAGUCUGACCAGGUGCGCAAGUCUGUGGACAAGGACCCCAUGCUGCUGUCAGGGACUCAUGUGAUGGAGGGCUCUGGACGGAUGGUGGUGACCGCCGUGGGUGUGAACUCUCAGACCGGCAUUAUCUUUACCCUGCUGGGGGCCGGCGGUGAGGAGGAAGAGAAGAAAGACAAGAAAGGUGUGAAGAAGGGGGAUGGCCUUCAGCUACCAGCGGCUGAUGGUGCGGCAGGUUCAAAUGCUACAGAUAGUGCAAAUACCAGCCUAGUCAAUGGUAAAAUGCAGGAUGGCAAUGUGGACGCCAGCCAGAGCAAAGCCAAACAGCAGGACGGGGCGGCCGCCAUGGAGAUGCAGCCCCUCAAGAGUGCCGAGGGCGGCGACACUGACGACAAGAAGAAGGCCAACAUGCACAAGAAGGAGAAGUCGGUGCUGCAGGGCAAGCUCACCAAGCUGGCUGUGCAGAUCGGCAAGGCGGGCCUGGUGAUGUCAGCCAUCACGGUGAUCAUCCUGGUGCUCUACUUCACCGUGGACACCUUCGUGGUCAACAAGAAGCCAUGGCUGCCCGAGUGCACGCCCGUCUACGUGCAGUACUUCGUCAAGUUCUUCAUCAUUGGUGUGACGGUGCUGGUGGUCGCCGUGCCCGAGGGGCUUCCUCUGGCUGUCACCAUCUCACUGGCCUACUCGGUGAAGAAAAUGAUGAAGGACAACAACCUGGUCCGCCACCUGGACGCCUGUGAGACCAUGGGCAAUGCCACGGCCAUCUGCUCGGACAAGACGGGCACACUCACCACCAAUCGCAUGACGGUGGUGCAGGCCUACGUGGGCGACGUCCAUUACAAGGAGAUCCCCGACCCCAGCUCCAUCAACGCCAAAACCAUGGAGCUGCUGGUCAGCGCCAUUGCCAUCAACAGCGCCUACACCACCAAGAUUCUGCCCCCGGAGAAGGAGGGCGCCCUGCCCCGGCAGGUGGGCAACAAAACAGAGUGCGGCCUGCUGGGCUUCAUGCUGGACCUGAAGCAGGACUACGAGCCUGUGCGCAGCCAGAUGCCGGAGGAGAAGCUGUACAAGGUCUACACCUUCAACUCCGUGCGCAAGUCCAUGAGCACCGUAAUCAAGCUGCCCGACGAGAGCUUCCGCAUGUACAGCAAGGGCGCUUCGGAGAUCGUGCUCAAGAAGUGCUGCAAAAUCCUCAACGGGGCGGGUGAGGCCCGGGUCUUCCGGCCCCGCGACCGGGACGAGAUGGUGAAGAAGGUGAUUGAGCCCAUGGCCUGCGACGGGCUCCGCACCAUCUGCGUGGCUUACCGCGACUUACCCAGCAGCCCCGAGCCCGACUGGGACAACGAGAAUGACAUCCUCAACGAGCUCACCUGCAUCUGCGUGGUGGGCAUCGAGGACCCCGUGCGGCCCGAGGUCCCGGAAGCCAUCCGCAAGUGCCAGCGAGCAGGCAUCACUGUCCGCAUGGUCACCGGUGACAAUAUCAACACAGCCCGGGCCAUCGCCAUCAAGUGUGGCAUCAUCCAUCCUGGGGAGGACUUCCUGUGCCUUGAGGGCAAGGAGUUCAACCGGAGAAUCCGCAAUGAGAAAGGGGAGAUUGAGCAGGAGCGAAUCGACAAGAUCUGGCCAAAGCUGCGGGUGCUGGCUCGCUCCUCCCCCACGGACAAGCAUACCCUGGUCAAAGGCAUCAUCGACAGCACACACACGGAGCAGCGGCAGGUGGUGGCCGUGACGGGGGACGGCACCAACGAUGGGCCCGCGCUCAAGAAGGCCGAUGUGGGCUUCGCCAUGGGCAUCGCAGGCACAGAUGUGGCCAAGGAGGCCUCGGACAUCAUCCUGACGGACGACAACUUCAGCAGCAUCGUCAAGGCGGUGAUGUGGGGCCGCAAUGUCUACGACAGCAUCUCCAAAUUCCUGCAGUUCCAGCUGACGGUCAACGUGGUGGCCGUGAUCGUGGCCUUCACGGGCGCCUGCAUCACGCAGGACUCCCCUCUGAAGGCCGUGCAGAUGCUCUGGGUGAACCUCAUCAUGGACACGUUCGCCUCCCUGGCGCUGGCCACUGAGCCACCCACGGAGACCCUGCUCCUGCGGAAGCCGUACGGCCGCAACAAGCCCCUCAUCUCGCGGACCAUGAUGAAGAACAUCCUGGGCCACGCCGUCUACCAGCUCACCCUCAUCUUCACCCUGCUCUUUGUUGGUGAGAAGAUGUUCCAGAUCGACAGCGGGAGGAACGCACCCCUGCACUCGCCGCCCUCCGAGCACUACACCAUCAUCUUCAACACCUUCGUCAUGAUGCAGCUCUUCAACGAGAUCAACGCCCGCAAGAUCCACGGCGAGCGCAACGUCUUCGACGGCAUCUUCCGGAACCCCAUCUUCUGCACCAUUGUGCUGGGCACCUUCGCCAUCCAGAUAGUGAUCGUGCAGUUCGGGGGGAAACCGUUCAGCUGCUCUCCGCUGCAGCUGGACCAGUGGAUGUGGUGCAUAUUCAUCGGGUUAGGAGAGCUUGUCUGGGGCCAGGUCAUCGCCACCAUCCCGACCAGCAGGCUCAAGUUCCUCAAGGAGGCGGGCAGGCUCACGCAGAAGGAGGAGAUCCCGGAGGAGGAGCUGAAUGAGGAUGUGGAGGAGAUAGACCACGCCGAGCGCGAGCUGCGGCGGGGCCAGAUCUUGUGGUUCCGAGGCCUGAACCGGAUCCAGACCCAGAUUGAAGUAGUCAAUACUUUCAAGAGCGGGGCCUCCUUUCAGGGAGCCCUGCGGAGACAAUCCUCCGUCACCAGCCAGAGCCAGGACAUCCGCGUCGUGAAGGCGUUCCGUAGCUCUCUCUAUGAAGGUCUAGAAAAGCCUGAGUCUCGAACCUCCAUCCAUAAUUUCAUGGCUCAUCCUGAAUUCCGGGUCGAAGAUUCACAGCCCCACAUUCCCCUCAUCGACGACACCGACCUGGAAGAAGAUGCCGCGCUCAAGCAGAACUCGAGCCCGCCGUCCUCGCUCAACAAGAACAACAGCGCCAUCGACAGCGGGAUCAACCUGACGACCGACACAAGCAAAUCAGCUACCUCUUCAAGUCCAGGGAGCCCCAUCCACAGCCUGGAGACGUCGCUUUAGCUGAGGACCCCGCCACCACCCACCUCCCGGGCACCCACCCGUCCAGGCACCCGACUCACCCAAGCAGCAACGAGCAACAGCAGGAAACCAAAUACCGGCGAGAAAACCGUUUCCACCCAACAGACCCUUUUUCUGGCUGCGAUGCUGUUUGAACUCUUUUUCACUUUGAGGCGAGGGCGGGAUCUCCUCCGGGGGCUUAAGGGAGUGAGCGGUUUUUCCCAGAACUAGCCCUUCCUGGCUCCCACCCGACAUGGGCCAGCCACGCACCCGCCCGGCGCCAUGUCCCCUGCAUGAAUGUACUCUACACUUCCGGUCCUCCCCUUGUUUGGUUUUUGGGGGGUUGGGGAGGGGUGUUUUUCGUUUGUUUGUUUGUUUUCUUAGGCGGGAACUGCAGACAGACUCUGUUCUGAGACUAUUUAUCCAAUCCACUGGUCUGUGAGUUUUUGAAAUGCUUGCGCAGCAUGGGCUCAGUUGUAUAGGUUAAUUUAACAACUUUUUGAAAUUGCAGAGCUUAACUCGCCUAGUAAAUUUGCACCAAUGGAACCGAAGAACUUCAGACACUCACAAGGUUAUAUCCAUUUCUUUGUAUCUAUAUCAACGUAUACUUCUCCAAGACUGUAUACGUCCAUAUAGAUAGGUAGAUAUAUAUGUGUCUAUAUAUAUCUAUAUAUAUAGAUAUAUAUAAAUAUAUAUACAUGGAUAUGUAAAGUUUCUUUGCCGGCAUGUUGCCUUGUUUCUGCUUAAAUUGCUCUAUUUUAACUUAUUUAUGUCCUAAAAGAAGAAUGUAAUUUGUUUACAAACCUGUAGAUAACGUCUUGGGCUAUUUGUACGGUUUAAGAACACUGGUGGCUGAGAUGCUAUAAAAACACCUCAGCCUGACACACACCUCCCUGGAUUGCAUCCUUGAUGUUUUACGAUAGCCAUGCUCUGAUUUUUGCCUGCUACUUCCGUUCAAUAAUGUCACUACCGAGGGAGGCUCAGGCAGAAGCCAAAUGUUAGCGAGUAUCCAUCCUGAGGGGUCCAACAGCGUGCUCCGUAGACAAAGGGGGAGGAGGAGAGAAGUCUUCCUGGGCUCAAAGCACUGACGGCCAGCCCGGCCCCAGGGUGACGGGGUUGGCAAAGCACUGGGUGAAGACUUUUCUCUCAAUGAAACUCACUUGAGUUUACUAAGAGCAUUUCAAACAGAGAUUCUCUGUGGCGCUGUCUGUACAGAGACUGAGGUAGUUUUGCAAUAUUAUAAAUGCUAUUGUGUUGAUUUUUUUUUUUUCAGUUAGUAAUUUAGAGGCUUAUUUCCUUAUAAAUGGCAGCAAAUGAGCUGUUGGCAUAUUGGAUGAGGAUCAUUAUGGCUUGCUGCUUUUAUUUUUAUUUUUGAAGAAGAAUAGCCUUUUUCUCUGCACUAUUUAGAUCCGAACGAACCUUAUGACGUGUAUAUUGAGAUGUAUUCAGUGUGAUUUUUUUAAACCAAAUUGUCUUCCUGUAGUCGCAAUAUAUACUGUAGCCUUUGAACAGCAAGUCUUGCUUUCCCAGACAGAAAGCCAUUCUGAAACCCUACAGUAUCACAGGUGAGAAAAGGUGGUUAUUUUUUCCCUGAGACAAUAACAGCACUAGUAAUCCCACUUAAUAAGAGCUUAUUUAAUUGUAUGUCAGCCUCUUAACUGCUAAGCACUUUGUGGGUAUCAGCUUUUUUCAUAAAAGAACUUUUGUAUUUAAUACAAAGUUUGCUUUGAGACUUUUCAGCAUACGAUCUUUUUCCAUAAACUUGUACAGUGCAAAAGACAUUUUGAAUACCAUGAUCGAUGAUGUCCCAUGCUUCAAGGAAAACCAAACGCUUCUGCCUCGCUUGCAAAAUGCAUUCUUCACACUGACCCUUCCCACAGUUGCUCUGUGUCCAGCCGGGCCCUUCCCUUCUCCAGGCCCAGAGAAUUCUUCCACAAACAAGAUGAGAGCCACUCGGGAAAAGAGCCAUAGUCAGCUGGGAGGGCCUGCAUCUGGAUGGCUGUGGAGAAACCCGAGGGUUUAGGAUCCCAAGUCAGCCCAUCCCACCUGGCAAAACCUUCCUGGAAGGAGGACCUUCUUUGCGCAAGAGCAUCUCCUGAAUGUCGUGAAGAAAUAUCUCUGAAUGUACCCAGCAGAGGAAACUGCAUCCACCCUCAGAUAUGUUUAUUGGAUUCCAAGACCAAUACCACCAAUACCGCCCACUGUUCUCCUCCGAGAAAGGAAAGACCCACUCCUGUAAAACCUGGGGCAGCUUUGGAACGUGGUGUUUUUUGUAGUUUCCUUUUUCAAGGUUCUCCAUCUCCCGCUUUGUUCCAACCUUGUGUCCGUGACCUCAUUCCAUGACACCACCAGGAAAGCCCCGCUUGCACACCACGCUCCCUGCUCAUUUGGAGCCAGGACGCAAGAGAAGCAGGAGGGGUCUCCCCUAGUGGGACCCAGCCCAGGGGAGAGGGAGCCAUGGAAGCUACCGAGAAUGCCCCACGUCAGUGUUGGUCUUUUCUUGUCAGGAAUGAUGGAUGCUCACACACACACACACACACCCCCUCGCCCUCACACUUGCACACACACAUCCACACACACAGGAAAUGAUUGGUUUGUCAGAACUCCCUGUAGUACAUAAAGCUUGCACUCGGCGUCCUAUAUCUAGCAGCAUGGGGUACGUUUGGCAGUUCACCCCAUUAGGGGGUAAAUAAUUUAUGACCAUUCAUCUGUUUUUAUGAAUUUUUUUAUCUAGACAAUAAUUGUAAAUAAAGAACUCACCAUCUCUGUUCAUUUAAUACUAUGCAAUGGUGAUGCUUUCAAUUGCUAACUCUUCUUACUCUGCAGUAUGGUUCUGAAAUGUCUGUGGUCUUAAAAAAAAAAAA